GCCAAAGAGAAGAAUUUCUCAUUAUUCAUUCAGUUUCAUAUGCUUUUAUCUUCAUGACCAGUACUAACUCAUCAUAUUACAAUUUUCAUUUCACAACAAUAUAUCUUGAGAAUGAUAUAGGAAUCUUGAUAACUGUGCACUUUUUUCAAUAAUGAAAUUAUCCACUUAAUCUUUUUUUUUUUCCACAUUCUUGAUUUUUGGUAACUGAUAUUAUAAAGAAUGUUUGCUGGUUUCAAAGCUAUUACAUCUGAAUUUAAUGACUUCAGUGCCCUUUGUUCCCAUGCACAACAAAUCUCUUAUAAGCGGUGCCUCUUGUCUUUUUAUAACCAUGUUACUAAGUUUUAAAAAAAAAUGAAUCAAAGACAUUGAAGAUUUGAAGUUGAAACUUUUGAUAUAUUGUUAAAUGGCAAAGAAGAAGAAGAGUUGGUUUAAUCUAGUGAAGAGGCUUUUCAUAUGGGAUACACAUUCAACACAAGAGAAGAAGGAGAAAAGAAGAAAAUGGAUAUUUGGAAAGUUAAAGACCAAGAAGUUACCUUCAAUAACAGCUCCACCAACAACCUUAAAAGAAACAAAACCAAAUGAAGCAGAGAAGGAAAAAACCAAGAAUUCUGAAGCUGCAGUUACAGCUCCUGAAGUUGUUAUUCUCAGUGAUGUUUCAAAAGAUAACACAGCAGAAUCUGAAACUUUUAAAACUGUGAAUGGUGUUUCUCAAUCGAUAUAUCAGUGCCAGAAAGUGAUUCAAGAAUUUGCAGCCAUUAAAAUUCAAACUGCCUUUAGGGGUUAUCUAGCAAAGAAGGCUUUGAGGGCAUUGAAGGGAAUAGUGAAACUUCAAGCUAUCAUUCGCGGAAGAGCAGUGAGACGCCAAGCUAUGAGUACUCUUAAGAGCUUACAGUCCAUUGUAAGUAUCCAAUCGAAGAUAUGUGCAAGGAGAAUGCAAAUGGUUGAAGGAAGAUGGGAGGAUUGUGUUGAAGAUGAAGACAUGCAUUAUUCUAAAGACAAGAUAAUUAGGAUGGACUCAAACAGUGAAAGAAAGUGGGAUGACAGCACUUUAUUGAAGGAAGAGGUAGAUGCUUCUUGCAUGAUCAAGAAAGAAGCCAUUAUUAAGAGAGAAAGAAUAAAAGAAUACACAUUUAAUCAUAGAAGGUCAGCCGAGUCAGAAAGAAGUAAAGUGAAUGGAAGAUGGAGAUACUGGUUGGAGCAAUGGGUAGAUACACAACUUACAAAAAGCAAAGAACUUGAAGAUUUAGACUCAGUUUUCAGCUCAAAUUCUAAAACUGCUGAAGAAUUUGGAACAAGACAACUUAAGCUGCGAAAUACUACUCAAAGACAAAAUCAAAAUCCACUUGAAGGAUUGGAUUCACCAAUACUUUUAUCGAGAAAAUCUUUUCCUCAUAGGCGACAAUGUUCAAUAGAAGAUCAAUCAUUUUCAAGCUCGCCUGCAACACCAGCAUACAUGGCUGCUACUGAAUCAGCAAAAGCAAAAGCAAGAUCAACAAGUUCACCAAAAGCAAGGUCAUGGAAUUAUGACAUGAAUUCAGAUAGCUAUUUAUCACCUUGCAAGAAAAAGUUAUCAAUUGUUUCAUCUGUUAACAGUGAUGUGCUUAAUAGUGGUGGUAGAAUGGGAAAGCUUAGUGGUAGUAAUCAACAAAGAUCACCAAGUCUGAAGGGUAUUUCAGUGCCUAUAAAAUCAAGCAGGACUAUCAUAAAGGAUCUUAGCAUUAAUUCAGAUUGCUCAUUGCCUAAUUGGGAUAGACAAAGUUCAUUCAGAUGAAGCUAAUGAUGCUAAUAUGUUAUACUGUUUGAUACCAUAAUAUCUUGUAACAAGGGUUUGAAGUACAAAAUCUGUUUAUAAACUAUGUAUGAGUAUGAUGUAUAUUAUAUGUGGUUAAAUGUUUGUUUUGGUUGAGAAUUGACAGUGUUGCAGAAAUUAAUUAGAUGAUUCCUUCA